GGCAGUGACGGAGAAUAAUAACAACCCAAUCACUGAGGGGUGGGAAGGGGGAAUGUUUGUUUGGUGAUUAUAAUCUCAAGUUUAAAAAAAUUGUCCUCAGUUGAUGCAUUAUCUAACAGUGACAAGUUUUAAGUCAUUUUUUCUCUUGUAGUAAUGUGAUAUGUGACAAUGUUUGAUUAAAACACAAGUACCAGAGAACUGAGCAUUGCUCGAGGUGUUUGAUUUGUUCAAGAGGAGCAGUUGCUGAUUAGCUUGGGAGGAACAGACAUGAAGCAGUCCGUCCACAAUAUGCUGCGGAGAGUCAUUAGUGACUCUCUUGCACUAAAGUUGUCAUUCACAGGGAGAUCUACAGCAGGGAAGAAAAAAGAAGAAUUUAGAGAAAAAAAAAUUUGCAAAUGCAUCUUUGCUGCAGCCCAAAAUGUGUUUGGGACUGCGGUUGCUUCUGAAGACAAUGUUAAAACCGUGAUUUCAAGGUGGCUUCAGAAGGCGAAAUCCAGGGUGGAUAGCAGCAGCAAAAAAACGGAAGAAAAAGCCAAAAAAGAAGAGGGGGUGAGGUCACAGCUUCAGCCUGGCUUGCCCAGUUACCCCGGUUACCUCAAUAAGUGCAUCGGAGGUCGAGAAAAUGAGGCUACAGAAUGAGGUGAAAGAAUUAAAGAGACAAUUGAAAGUAUCACAAGAAAUGUGCGCGAAAAACGAAAGAGAAGCACAAUAUUAUAAGUUAAAAGCCCAGGAGUACAAGAGUCAACUUAUGAAAAUAAACUGUGGGCAUUGAACUGUGAUAGUUUGUGAAAGACUGUGUAACUAUAGGCUACUGUAAAAAUUUACAAAAUAAUGGAUUUUUAAGUUACAGUUUUGAGACUUAAAUUUCUGAAGUGUUCGUUUUCCGCUGGUCCUAUAAACAAGUCAUCUAUUUUUUUCACCAAAGAACUAACGUAAUUUUUAAUUACUUAACUGACGCUUACAGAUGUCAAGCACAACAUUUUAACAGCAAUAGAAUUGAAUUAAGUAUCCAUAAUCAGUGCUUUGUUUCAUAUGGAUUGUAAUUUAUGAAUUAAAAACAAAAAAAUGAUUGCAAUAUUUUAUCCUUUUAAUAUUUUUUUAUAGUUUGCCUUAUUCAAACAAAUUAUCAGUAUAAUAUUAAUCAAUUUUAUUCAUAUUCACUCAUAAUUCUUACCAAAAUAAAGAUGAUUCAUAUUUUGUUUUAUUAUCUUUCUUUGACUUAUCAAAGAGGGUGCAAUUGUUUUUUUAAUUAUAGUUAUAAUUGAUUAUAGUUUUCAAAACAUACAAUGUUUUUGGUCUAACUCUCAAAAUAUUUACACUAUGUAUAAACCUCAACCUUAUAAGAAAGUUUAUGAUUUCUACUUUCAAAUGGUGACAAAAUUAUGCCGAAAUUAUCAAAAUUAUGCAAACGGAGAGCGUUUAAGUGAACACUUACUAAAUGCGUCGGAACACCGACAUGUAACAGAGGAAUCAUCAUGUUGAGUAUUAUUUACAAUAAACUCCCAAUAAAACUAAACCUCAUAGAUAACUGUGCAACAAUGAAUAUCAACUGAUUAGCAACAAAGUAAGGAAAAAACGGGGAUAUCAACAUAAGCUUGUUUUGUCGUUAAAAUGUGGCUCACAGUACUUUUAAUUUUUUGUGUUCUUCUAUUGUCUAUCUAUUAUCUAUUAUUAUUGUGUAGCUUAGGUAAUCUAGCUGAACUCUAUUCCUUUAAAAAAAUCCUACAUAAUAUACUGUAUAUCUUAUUGAAUUCAAGAUGAUUCAUAUUUUGUUUUAUUAUCUUUCUUUUACUUGUUAACAUUUGAUUAUUGAUUAAUUAUGUAAGGUGUAACAAGCUAAAUCUUAGUAAACCUGUCCACAGUUAAGGUGUGAAACAUUUUGAUUUGUUUACCUUGAUGUCAAUUAACUUUUAUCAUUAAGUGUGUGAAAUUAUGAAUAUUUAUAAGUUUAUCAAAAAUAGUACAUGAUUUUGCAAAACUGGUAUGUUUUGCCAAGAGAAGUUUUGGAUUUUAUAUUGGAAAGUUAAUAUUUUUAUGAAAAGUUAGUUACUCUAUGUUUCUCAUUACAUUCCAAAUAUUGCUUAGGAUAGUAUUUAAGAGUAACAUUUAAUUUGAGAUUUUUAUUUUAGAUUAGAAGAAAUGAGAUCUGAUUGAAUAUUUGAAGUUAAACAUAUUGAUUGAAUACAUUUAAUUAAAUAACUGUCACAGAGUUUAUAUAAUUGGAAUAAUUUAAUGUAGGCUACGUAGCUUUCCUAUUAAGUCAUUAAGUAGUAUUAUACUUAGGAAUACAUUGUUUUACCCACUGUUUGCACUGUUUUGAUCAAAUCAAAUCAAAUCAAAUCAAAUAAUCUUUAUUCAUUUUUUUGUAUUUACAUGAAUACAUUGGAUAGAGUCACAUUUCUUAUAACUAUAAUGUCCUUAAUUAAAAUAUUUACAAAUAAAACUGUUUAAUGUUGUUGUAUGACAAUGACACUAAUAAUUCUUUUUUCUUAUUUUACAUUCCUUGAAUUAAAAAAAUCUUUACUUGAAAAGAUAGGAUGAGUCAAUAGGUAUUCUUUAAGGCGGGUUUUGAAACUGGUAUAUUUUUCUUCACAAAGAAUAUUCUUAGGUAGAUUAUAAAGAAAUUUAGUACCAAUAAAAGUUGUUUUAUUUUCAAAAA